GACCCCUUAGACUGUGCGGCCUGUUUGCAUGCAGUCGGAAGCCUGCCGCAGGCGGUCCUACACAGUUAUUUCUCCGCCGCGGACCACAAUUGCAGCGGCAGCAGAGAGGCGAAGUUUUUGGACUCCAUCCGGAAGGCCGUGUUGGUGGAGUUCGCCGCGCUGCGGGGCUCCAGCGGGAGCGUGCUGCGCAUGCGGGAGUUCGCGCAAAUCCUGUUCAAUUUGGGCAAAAUUCGGGCGCUUCUCGCGUGCCACCGGGACGACGAGUUGGUCUCGUCCGACCGGCCCGGCCAGAACUUGUUUCGCAUUGACGAACAAGGUUGGCGUGAGCUGGGACACCUACUCGCCGCGAAGUUCGACGGCCUCAGCUCGGUCCCGUCGCCCGGCGAGCAGACGCUGUGCCACCUGAAGUCCCUCGACGUCGCGCACAUCUG